GCCCGGGCCUGGUGAUUCAGAGCCAGGCUGGAUCGGGACAGCACCCUAGGGAUCCUCCCCUAGCUUUCUGUAGGUAGCCUGUCCCAUGAGUGCUCAGCGGCUGCUCCUGGUCCAGCAACAUCUCCACCCCGGAGAGAGCCGAGCCAUGGAGGUGAAGAGCAGCCCCCUGACCACACAUGUACUGGACACUGCCUCGGGCCUUCCGGCCCAGGGUCUCUGCCUGCGCCUCUUCAGGCUUGGAGAGGGGAAUCAGCACUGGACCGAGCUGAGGAAAAGUUACACCAAUGCUGACGGCCGCUGCCCCGGGCUUCUGACUCCUGAACAAAUGACGGCCGGCACCUACAAGCUCUUCUUUGACACUGAAGGUUAUUGGAAAAAGAUGGGACAAACCAGCUUCUAUCCCUAUGUGGAGGUUGUUUUCACCAUCACAAACGAGGCCCAAAAGCUCCACGUGCCCCUGCUGCUGAGUCCGUUCUCCUACACCACCUACAGAGGAAGCUAGACAGCCAAGAACCAGAGUGAGCCGCGGAGACCCAGCUCGGUCCGGAGCCGUCCGCCUCCCUGCCGACGAGCCCUGAGAGCGGGCCACCCGACAGAUCAAUAAAUAAUUCUGUGCUCA